AGUGCGUAUUCCAAUGGCUCGAAAGCAGUUUGGUGGUGCCCGCAUGCCAACUAACUUCGCCUUCUAUGGUAUAAGUAGCAGCAAGACCACCGACCAUACGGUUUGCAGAGAGUGUCAUAGUGAACAACGUUGUUACGGAGGCAGGUGGGUACAACCCAACUAUUCCCGCUACCGGGACCGGCCAUUUACGUGAUCGGCGAUCAUAUUGAUGUCCGCAAUCGGAAAGAAUAAUAUUGUUCGAUGUUCAACUUUGCUAGGAACCCGGGAGUUCUCAACCGCACAACCCUGACCGACAGUUACUUCAACUACCAACCAUCCCCUCUUUAGAUAACACACAUAAUGGCUCCAUCCCACCUUGCGCUUGUCACUGGAUGCGUCGUAGCGACUUUCUCCGCAGCCAUUGCUGUUUACCAUGGCUUGACACUGUUGAAACCAGCCCAGAAACGCAAAGGUCUCCGCGAGAAGUUGCCUAGGGGUAUUUACACUUGGAGACGUCCAGAUUUAGUGCAACUGAAAGAGGACGACCUCUGGAACAAUCUGACUAGUGUUCUGCGCGAUGCGGGUCUAAUACCGUGGAUUUGUGCUUCUUUUAGUUGUCUCGUGUCGCCAUCAAAGUACAUUCUCUCCGCUGGAUUUGCGUACGCCACCCCAACUCGCGACGUCCCCCAACACUCAGGUUCUCCAGAGAGACUUGGCGUGUUCCAAUGCAUGAACGCUCUCAGUCGUACGGCUCAGACGGCCGAUGGAGUCGCUGUAGUAGUCCGUGUCAUCGCGAUCCAAAAUGAAGGCCAACAACAUCUGGCUUUGUUGAGAAAAAUCGCCGCCGGGCCCCUCAGUCUUAUUAGUAGCAAUCACUGUCUCCCCAUGUUUCGAGAAAUAUUUUUUGAAGACAUUGUAUUGGGCGUUUUCCCCAAGGCUGGUGGUUGUGUUGACGAGGCAUUUGGCGCCUGGGCGGAGAACUCAGUAGGGGACGUUCUCGACAUGAUCCUGCAAACAUUGGAGGGUCUUGUUUUUCUCCACGACCUGCAUAUUGCACAUCGAGACAUGUUUCUCUCAAAUCUACUGGUUCAAUGGCACCCCGAGUCCCUCCGCACCAUGACGGUUCCGAUAAGUAGACCCCGAGUGUAUAUCAUUGAUUUUGAGUUUGCAGUAGAAUUCCCUCCGGACUGUCCUACGGAAGACCGUGUCUCGGUCGGGUAUCCACUGUGCAAAUGGUAUCCGUCAACUGGGUACAGCAGACCUGCUCCACCCGAAGUGGAAUGUGGCAAGCCGUACUGUCCGUUCAAGCUGGAUGUCUGGCAAUUGGGGGCAGUGUUUACGGAUUGGAGUUUCGCGACGACGAUUCCGGCGAUAGAUGAAGUCUUGGAAGAUAUGAAACUAUCUGAUCCGGCUAUGCGUUUGAGUGCAAAUGAGGCAUUGAUGAAACUUAGCAAGCUCGUGAACAACAUGUCGCCGGCUUCGUUAAUGAUUCCUCCUCAUUUCAAAUUCCCUGGGGAUCCAUAGUGAUCGCAAAGUUGCAUUGUUGCUCCUCUUAGUACAGACUUUAUAUAGCAUCUUAAAAAGGAUGAUAUUGGCUGCAAUCGCUAUUUGCUUUUGUUGACCUACACUCUCUAUGUUGCCUUUUGCUUGUCGCCUUUACCGUUCGAGUGAGGAAUGAAAGUCUCACAAUGUGACAACAGAUGAAAUGAACUGAAC